CUUAGCAGGGCAGGACCCAACCCUCUCUUAUGGCUGGGUCCUGAUUCAGAGGUUAGGAAUUUGCAUCUGAUUGCUAUUUUGUCAUCCUAUGAUUUGUCUAUCCAGCUCUGUGCACGCCUUAGGCAUCGAGGGAGGAGGAGGAGGAGGAGGAGGCCAUGCAAUCGCUUGUAAAAGGAAACUUACUAAUCCAAGCCAGAUAAGGGAGGCGGCAUUAAGAGCGACGCAAUUAAAAAAAGGAAGGAAGAAAAAGAAAGGGGGAGGGAGGACGCCGCAGCGAGGAAGAAAAAGAAGAAAGAAAAAAAAGGAAAGGGAGGAAAGAAUCUGCCUGGACGAUCAAAAAAGGGGAAGGAAGCAUCGCGCGUGGAAAACUGAGCGGCCCAGCUGGAUCAGAGACUGGGUUCCGGGGGUGGAAUAAAGGAACCAGACAGAAGGGGGGGGAAAAAUGAAGCUCCCUUCGCCUGCCUCUCUGCAAGGACAGGUUUUUCACUGAUGCCUAGAUGAAGAAGAAGAGGUGGACAACUCACAGUUUGCAGAUUGCCCCUAAGCCCUCCUUGGAUGGAAAGAAACGUGGCAAAAGAACAGGGUUAAGCUUCAGUUCAGGUUGGCGCAAAGCAACGUGGUUGCAUAGAACGUGGGACCUUGAACUGCAGGAUCACGGCUAAUUUUUAAAGCAUCAUGUUAUUUGAAUAGCCUUUUUAAAAAAAUAUCUCUGCAAACUCCUUUCUGUACAAAUUGACUUGCCGUCGUCCCCUUGCUGUGGAAAGAGCCGCCUUUUGGAAGUGGUUAAUGGUGCCACGGGUUUCUCCCUAACCCACAAGACAGUGCAGUCUUGUGACACUUUUUAAAAAGUGGUUGCCCUCCCCAGAACAUCUGGGGCAGAGGGCAUCUCCCAGCAUUCCUCACGGCGCUGACCCCGACUGAUCGCUAUUCUACAGCCCCUCCCUCUCCUGUGCAAAGCAUAGGCUCCUCCCCUUUGGAGCCUUGCUCUGCCCCUCUGAUUUCCUCUGCCAGGACACUGCCUCCUGCAGGCAGAGCCAUGAAGCUGCAGGCCGUCAUGGAGAACCUGCAGCGCCAACAACGUGCCCGGCUGCAGCAAGAGAUGGAGGCGCGGCAGCAACAGGACCAGCCGCAGAGCAAUCCUCUGCCCCUCCCUGCACCGAAUCCGACCAUGUUGUCAGCCCCUGGCAUCACAGCGUUGCCCCGUGGCCGCAGCCAGGAACCCCCUCUCUCUGAGGAGGGGGCAGAACCUGACACUGCCCGGAUCCAGAGGGCACAGAUAGCGGCUUUGGCAGCUAUGCGGGCAGCUGCCGCUGGCCUCAGACAGUCAUCCAGCCCAGUUGGGUCGGAGGAGAGCCAUUCUUCAGAGGAAGAAGAGCUUGUAGGGGAAGAAGAGGAGGAAGAAGAGGAGGAGGAGGAAGAUGGCGAAUACCCCCGAGAAAUAGGCUCAGACGAAGAGGAUAUGAAGGGCAAGUGGGUUGAAGAUUUUGAAGAAGACCUGGGUGAGGAGGAAGAAGACUACGAGGAAGAAGAAGAAGAAAUGGUGGAGGGAGGGCUUGGCUCCAGUGCAGUGGCUACAUCAAACCCUGGCACCGCCUUUCUGCACAAACAACAGACCCCCCAGCAGUACCGAGGAGAACCUUCCAGACUGGUAGGGGGGCAAGAACGGGGCCAUUCUGGGGUUCCCCAGCAAAGCCUGUCACAGUUGCAGCCCCAAGCCCUGGACCAUGGAGAUUGGACUUAUGAAGAACAAUUCAAGCAGUUAUAUGAACUUGAUGGAGAUCCGAAAAGGAAGGAAUUCCUCGAUGACCUCUUCAGUUUUAUGCAGAAACGAGGGACCCCUGUGAACCGAAUCCCGAUCAUGGCCAAGCAGGUGCUGGAUCUUUAUAUGCUCUACGUUCUGGUGACCGAGAAGGGCGGCUUGGUGGAAGUGAUCAACAAGAAGCUGUGGAGGGAGAUCACCAAGGGCCUGAACUUACCCACCUCCAUCACCAGCGCCGCCUUCACACUGCGAACCCAAUAUAUGAAGUACUUAUAUCCAUACGAGUGUGAGAAAAGAGGGCUGAGCAACCCCAAUGAACUCCAAGCAGCCAUUGACAGCAAUCGGCGAGAGGGCCGUCGGCAAGGAUUCAGUGGUUCAAUCUUCACCUAUUCUCCCAGUGGCACUCACACCAUGUUGUCUUCACCCAAGCUUCAAGUCCCAACCUUGGGACUGACCUCAGCCACUAAUGGCAGCCCCAUUGCCCCCGUUCCAAAAAUCAAGAAAGAGGAAGAUUCUGCAAUUCCUAUUGCGGUGCCCACCCGCCUACCUGUCUCACUCGCAAGCCAUCCUGUCGUCGCGGCGCAGGCUGCAGCGGUGCAAGCCGCCGCCGCCCAAGCUGCUGUAGCUGCUCAGGCGGCUGCGUUGGAACAGCUCCGGGAGAAGCUGGAAUCGGGGGAGCCGCCAGAAAAGAAGAUGGCACUUGUGACCGAUGAACAGCAGCGUCUGAUGCAACGGGCAAUCCAGCAAAACCUGCUCGCCAUGACCGCUCAACUGCCGAUGAGCAUCCGGAUCAAUAGUCAAGGGGCCCGCUCACCAGAAAACCGCCAAGACUCUUCCAUGAAUCUGGCUGCCAAUGGCACCAGUAGCAUUAGCAUGUCAGUCGAGAUUAAUGGCAUCGUGUAUGCAGGAGUGUUGUUUGCCCAAACUCCAGGAGCCUCGUCUUCUCACAACAAAGGAAGCACCAACAGUGGGCGAAGUUCCAGCAGUACUGGCAGUAGUGGCGGCGGGGGUGCAACAGGUGGCACGGCAGCAGGUUCACAAGUCGGUGUGCCCCCUGCACCGACUUCUACCUCAACCAACUCCUUAUCGCCUUAAAACCCACCACACCUCUUCUUCCUCCUCCAUCCCGCCAAAAUGAAGACAGUUUGGACAGGACAUUUGAGACCGGCCCUCCCCUUCCCUGUUUCCCCCGUGUUGAGUGGGGGAGUGAAAUUGUGCCUUCCCCACCCUCUUGAUACCCCCCCGUAGGCAUCAGGGCCUGCCUGAUACAUUUGGAUGGGGUUUUCUUGGAUUUCGGGGCUGGAUGGGAGUGGAAUCACCUUACCACGCGUGGCAUCCAGUUAUGGACAUUGAGGGGGUAACAUGUAUAGUGCAGGGGGGGGGGGUCUCUAAAGGUGCAAACUCCCCUGUCCCCACCCUGGCAGCAAGGAAUUCAGGUAUGGUACUGUCCUAGGAUGGGACAAAGAUUCAGAUAACAAAGUGCAUUUUUUUUCUAAUGUAGCUGAAAACCAAACACCAAACAAAAUUAAGGGGAAGAGGAGUACCUGGAAUGAUGGUUUUCUCCUGUCCUCCUUCCUAUGCUGUUUUUUUUUUCCUUCCUCCCCUUUAAAGCAUUUUUUACCCACUUGGUAUUCUCUGUUUAGGGUUGUGCUCCAUGGCCUUCUGGGCACUGCAGUCCCUGCAUACCCAGAGGGCACCAAUUUGGGGGAAGGCUGUUCCUAAUGAAUACAUUGGAAAGAAAAACCACACAAAAGCUCUAAGUGGGGCUGGAGGGGUGUUGUUAAAAUUCUGAGCCGGAGCAAUACUGUGCAGACUAGCUUUUUGACGUGAUGCAUUGUAGAUCCAUAACUCCUUACCUCAUGCAAAUCCACACUUUGCACUGUGUGUCCUUUUGAUUUUGAUUUUUUUUUUUAAGUUAUUCUUUGGAAUACCUCCAGACAAGUAGCGGUGGCGGCAGUAGCAGCUGGUGUGCCUCCAUUCUCACGGGCUUGCUUUGAAAUGGAACCCUUAAAUAAAAUAUAUAUAUAUAUAUAUGCAGAUAUCAAGGAUUUCACAGAUUGAGGAUAAUUUGGGGAAAGCUUUAUUUCUUGCCUUUUUUUUUUUUGAAAACUGUCCAACUAUUUAAGGAAAAUGAAAGGGAGGGUGUAAAUACAGUGUUUAUUUUCAGUAGAUCUCUCUGCUCUCUCCCCCCGCCCAAAUUGGACCCACAAGCAAGCUUCAUGUCUUUGCAUUUAUUAAGGAAAACAUGUCUAAAAUAGGUUUCUUUUUUUUUCCUUGCGAUUAUAACAACUCCUCGGAGCUGUCUGACUCUUUCUUCCCCCCCCCCCCCCCCCCAAGAUCUGGGUAGGACUUUGAGGGUGCUCAGGUAGGUUUUUGUGUGUGGAGUGGGUGGGGUUUGAGGGGCUACGGUAGCAUUUCAUAGGAUAAUAUUUUUAUACAGAGCUGUCCCCACCCCACGUAUGGAUUGUACGUUUGUGAGAAUGAGGACUGAAAGGAGCAGCCUACCAGCUGUUUGUUGGCUCUCUUCUAAUUCUUUCUUUUAAUCUACAGAAGAUUCCGUCUGUCAUAUGGUCAGAGUGGCUGGAUUGCUUGAGGGUUUCUUAAAAACAAAUUAAAUAGUAGCAUUUACCUGUGCCGUAAUCUCUGCAAAGCUGCUUUUGUCUAAUCUUCUUUUCAAAGCACACCUAUUUAGAAAACAGAAGAGAGUGGCAUAGUCACGACUUCUCUCAGGCCGGGUGGGAAUGAUAACUGGGGGUGCACUACAGGAUCCCCAAAGACAGGUCACAAUCAACUUGCAGCUACUGAUAUAUUUUUUUAAACCCCCCUCCCCUUGAAGACCAUGAUUUGUUAGACAGAGUGCUAAACUCCUCAGACUCUGUUAAGAUUGGCUUCCUCGCUAGCUCUGAGAUAUGUUUGGAACAUAUAAAUUGUUACAGGUUGUCCUGUGCCUCCAAAGGUAGUUUUAGCAAAGUUUGCCUGAAUACUACACAGGGUCACAUGGGAUUUUACCAGUCUCCAGUGUUGUUGGGAUCUUCAUGGCACUCCAGAAUCACUCCUGCCAUGUUUAUAAUUUCAUUUAUAAGGAAUCAAAGGGUCUGCAGGACAAAUACCAUUAUUCCAUUAUUUCUAACAGAGAUCACUCCAUUUUUGCCCCUUAGCGCGGUCUUCUAGCAUCCUUCCUUUGACUAGCUAUAUUUGGGUUUGUGUUAGAACAGCUGCGCAAGAGGCAUCUACCUAGAUUUUUUUUCCCCCCUCACUGCUUUUUGCAGUAGCAAAGAAGGUGAAGGAAGAGUUUGGUCUGUAGGUCGUCUGCAAAGUAUAGAAAGGUAGCUUGGAAACAACAUAUUCGCAAUCUCAAAAAUAGUGGUUUUUCAGGGCCGCUGCUUUCCGUUUUUCUUUUCCUUCUGACCUCUUCCUUCGACGCAGUUUAGGAAAACAAACUUCCUUUGGAGUUUGGUGUUUUCAUUUCAUUUCCAAAAGACCAGUGAAUCCAAAAUAACAUCAACAAAAGAUUCGCCAUCGCAAAGGCCCUGUGCACUAUUUUGAUGGGCUUCCCCCCCCCCUCCCACAUUUUAAUUUGCUGUUGAGGGAAGUGGACCCUGGUGAGCAAUUUGGUUAAUUCCCUCUUUCGAUUCUCCUAGGUAUAUGCACUCCAACUCACUCCCUCCGUGCCCUCUGGAAGUAUAAUUUAUUUCAGCCUGUGCAGUUCAGUGACUGCCGCUUUCAAAGAAAUGGAGCCUCCGUAAAGAGAGACCCUAUUUGUGGAUUUAACGUGAUACGAGACAGAAGCUUGAAAACUAGGCGGAGACACAGUUGGAAGAGGUUGCUUUACCACUGAGGUCCUCCCAACGUUCAACACAUACUGUAGAGUCAGGAUUUCAUUUUGGCAGGUUUUAAUUUUCUAUGUGGUUAGCCCGAGUAAGCUCUAAAGAAUUUUUAUAGGGUUUGAAGCGGGCGUAUGUUCUUUCUGCCUCUUCCUUGCUGGGAUUUUAAUGCUAUCACUUAGUUGCAUCAUACAAAAGACUGACACGUGGCAACCCUUUCCCUCAGGCCUGGUUUUUUUUAAAAAGCUGGAUUCUGAGAUACUGUAAUUGAUUCGGCAUGAUAGAAAGUAUUUGAGUUAAACGUCAGUGUUUUCAAGUAUGAGGAGUGCAUUUGCCCCCCCCCCCUCAAUAACCUGUUCCAGCCAAUUGGCUGUGUUGGAUGACCCAGACGCAAGGAAACCUUGGCAAGGAGGCGUUGGGCGAUGGGAGUCCCACAUUUCUGAUCGGAUGCCAAAGUAGCAGGUUGUGGAGAAUUGACAGUUGUGGAUCCAGCAGCUUUUGGGUCUGCUAAGAAUAGGAAAAUUCAGCUUCUCUUCAGGUCCCACGAAUGCCGAAAGGGGUGCACUUCAUUUUGGGAAGCAGAGCGUCCUGGCCAAGUGGAGGCAUUUCCCAGAGUUACAGAUUCCAAGCACUGCAAUCUAUUUUUGGGGGCCUUUUAUCGUCGUUCAGCUUUUCAGCAUCUUCCCCUCUAAUGCCAGAUAAGGGGAAACCCCUUGGUUACAAUAUGGCUACAGGUCUGGAAACGUGGGGCAAAGCAUGGCGUCUCUAAAUGGUGGGGGGGAGGAGGGAUUCACUUUCUAAAAGGAAGGGAGGGCUUUGAGCCCCACAAGCUGCCCCACACGGGGAAUUUUUUUCCAUUCUCAGGAUAGCAGAGGGUAUCUCAUAAGGGAAAGAAGAAAAAAAAAGACCUUCAGAAAGUAAAAUCUAGGAGAUUGGCUUCUAAGGGGUGUAGUGGAACUGCAAAAAAGUGGCUUAAAUAUGAAAGAAAGAGAAAAAAGUGCUCUUAAAGGCUGAACCUAACCCUUUUUAGAUGGCACAAACCAUUCUUUUUUCUUUCUCUCCUGCUUCCAUUGCUCUGUUGAGAUGGGGUGGGGAAUGCAAAAAAGGGGGGGAAAUUACUGUCGGGCACAUUAAAAAAAUGCUUCUCCUUAGUUAGAUACUGCGUUGGAGGAAGAGACACAUUUCUCUUUCCACUUGCGGUCCUUCCCAGAGGGUUUAUCUGUGACCCAUAGGCAGCCAAAGGGAGGAGAGCAUAGGGACAAGGCGUCCCUUAUCAUUUCUUUUGGUCUGAUAACAAGGGUGGUAGCGCAUCCCAGUCUGGGGGCAUUCCCCCCCCCCCCCGGAACACCCUACCACUUGAAGACUUUCUCUGAAGACUAGCUGUGAAAUUGGAGCCUUUCCCUCUCGUGCCUUCACCACAAUUCUUGGUAUUUUUCUUGUGUUGUGUGCCGAAUCGGCUUUCCCCAACACGAUUCCCUCCAAAUGUGACAAGGACUCCAACUCCCAGAAUGCCCAGACAAUGUGGCUUAAGAUCACUCUAGGGAUUAUGGGAACUGGAGUGCUACCACUGCUGGAGUGUCCAGCUAGGGAAGACUUGGGUGUCUAGGGUUUCUGUGAGAUCUGGAAACUUGACUGCCCCUUAAGUUUUUCUGAUCCAAUCCACAUAUACACCUCAUUGGGUGAAACCAGCUGAAAGCAUGCGAGACUUUUUCUGCAGAAGCAGGCUAUUUGAGGAUAUGCCUCGUUGGGUUUGAAUAAAAAGCAAAGAGUUCUCAAUCUUUGUGGAAAUUUCAUAGGCUAAAAUAGCUAAAGCAGUCAUUUUUCUAGAUUUUGUGUCUGAGGUGGGUUUUGUAAGUAUGGCAAUUAAGAAAUCUCUUACUUCCUCCCAGAAAAACCUUGAGUCAUAAUUGCCAGUAAGAUCCAUCAGUAUCUAUAGUCUCUGCCACAUAGCCAGCGUUUUCUAUUUUUGUUCCUUUCAUCUCCUGUGCGAGUCUGAUCGUUUCCUAUCAGAGCUUGCUUUUUUUUAAAAAAAAAAAAACUGUAUUUCUACAAUUCUUAAAAUGAUUAUCCAAAUUUGACUCAAGACCCAUGUCCCUGGCAGGCCACGCCCAAGAUAUAAUUUUAUGCAAAAUUGUUCUGCUGCAUUCUUUCCUUAAGCAAGCUAUCCCUGGUUUAACCUUAGCUAUAGGUAGAGGAUAUCUAACAAUAUAGUUGUUACGGAAUAUAUUGGCUAUCGAGUAGAUAAAAACACCUCACACAGAGCGGAGAAAGGGGAGGAAUUACUCCUAUAUUCUUCAUUGUUCUGUGCAAAAAGGUGUCUCUAUUGAGAAAUUCUCUGUUUUGUGUCCUGGCUUCUCAAACAUGCCUUUGCUAAGCUGGUUAAAAUGAGUUAAAGCAGCCUAUUUGUUGUGUUGUAAGAAUCCUGGUCCUCCUACCUCUCUUUCACCCAAACGGGAACUAUUUUUACCUAACUGCUGGAUGGACCAUCUUCUCCCAGCAGCAUAGAUAGUAUUUAACAAAGAGGCAAUUGAGGUAGCCAUCUUGUCAAAGAUUAGGCCAAGCACUGUUCCCACCUCUGUUGGCAGCUGCUUGUAGCAGCACAAACCUUACCUUCCUUUAGUAAAGUAACACUUGCAUAAGUGUCUUUCUCGUGUUUGCUGCUCCAUUGCAGGAGCUGCAAUUCAAGCAAUGAACCAUAAUUUCCUCUUUCACUUGAAUAGGGAAAACAAUGGUUAUUAGCGUUGGAAUAAACUAGGAUAUUAACUCAGCUUCAAAUAAUGCUUUAAUGUCCCAGAGUAUUCCAUCUUUUGACGGAUCCGUUCCAAUUACAGGGAAGCUGGUUAAACAAGACAGUUUUUUGUUUGCUUUGCUUUAUGUUCACAAAGAGAUUGUGAGGCUUGGCAUAAAGCAUGUGUGUAGAAGUACUUCAGCCAUAAAAUUGUCCAAACGUGGCCAAUCCUUUAGCGAUGGCUUUCAGGAACUACGAAGUGCAAGUUAUCACUCUUGUUUCCUCAUUUUGGUAGCUCUUCCUUUGGAAUUCAUUGGUCUCAAUCAAAGUAAUUUAUGCCAAUUUUGCAUGAGACACCCUUCCAACCUGAGCAUAUCACUCUAUUCAUUAUCGGUGGGUAGGCCUUGGCAUUUUCCCCAUAAACAUGGUGAAAGAGGGUUUGGGCUGUAGUGUGCAGGUGGGUGGAGAAGAAAGAUUCUAUAACUAAAUUUAUAUAUAAAUAUAUAUAUAUAUAUAUAUAUAUAUAAAAUGAGUGUGUAUGUUUGUGUCUCUUUUCCCUUUUUUUGAGUGUGUAAUUGUGGGCGUGUGCGCGUGCGUGUCUAAGAAACGUAUAAAAUUUAUUUUUCAGUCCAAGCUUUUUGACUAAGGAUUGGAUUUGUAACUCAGGGGAAUUGAACCUGCUGUCUAGAGCUUGAUUGUAUCCGGGGAGGCGGGUAGGGGGAAGGGUCUCGGAACAAGGGCGGGUUAAAAAAAAUGUUCAGAUUUGCUUGCUGUGGCUGUUACUUAGAUGGUGGUGGUGGGUUUAAAAAAAUACGUUCUGCUUGUUUUUAAACUUUUCAAAAGAGCUGAGCCCCAGCAUUGGCUUUGGUGUUUCCAUUUACGUGAGUUUAAUUAUAGCCAACUAUCAAGGAACAUUCCAGAUUCUUUAACGAUUUUGGAAAAAAGUUGCAUUGGCGCCUUGGAGGAGUUGUAAGCAGGCAGUUGAGAGAAAAAUGGAUACUGGUGAAAACAUUCGGGUAAAAAGGAGACUUGAGUUAGAAGUGGUGAUGCAAGAUCACAGUCUCUUCGGGGAAUAACUCUUCCUGUUCUCUUCUCAUUUAAUAGCACACGUUAUAACACAGUUAGCAUUUUAAAUCCACCACCCUUUUUUUUUUUUUUAAUUUACAGAUCUCAAGCAAUGCUCUCCAGCUUGCUCAACCCACAAUCAAGUUUUGUCUUGGGGGGAGUUUAUUGGCUUAUUUUUAUUCUUGCGAAAGGGGUGUAAGGGAUGGCUUUAGUUAGUAAAAGGGUGUUUUUGUUCUUGCAUUUGUACAAACACUGUGUUGAGGGGAGGUCUUGAUUUGGGGGCGGGGAGGACAUAACUCUCUCCCACCACUCUCCUUUGCAUAUCAGCUUAAAAAAAUAAGAUGUAAUUUCAGUUUUUUUUCUCUAGGGAUUUUGAAUGGAAAAAAAAAAUCGAACACAGCAAGGAUAUGCAAUCUGUACAGCGUAUGUAGUUUUUUGACUCAGGUAAUAAGAAAUAAAAAUCGUAAAAGAAACCACAUUCUACCUCUGAAAACAGUAGGCCUGGGACUGCCUUUUGUCUCCUGGCCUCUGUACUUCGUUUUUUGUUUGUUUUAGCUUUUGUUUUUUUUUUUAAAUCACUUUUUUCGCAAAACAUUCAGGUAUUAACCUUUGUGACUUAAUAAAGAAAUAAAAACACUGAAAAGUUUACAUUUUAUAACAUUAUUACAGAUUGUAUUUAAACUUCAGAAAUAUUUAAGAUGAUUGUAACCUUGUAAAGUUUAAGAAAUAUUAAAAAAGAAGAAAAAGAUGCUUUCAAAGGUGUAUGCCAUCCAUGUGUGUGUGUGUAUGUGUGCGGGUGCGGGUGUGCGCAUGUGAAUAUGGUGCCUAAAUUGAAAUGAGGAUACGUAAUAGUUUCGUCAGUUUUUCUUUUCUCUUUCUUUAAAAAAAAAA